UAGCAUAUCCUCUAGAAGAUUAUUAUUACUUAUAUGUAUCAUUUUUCAGAGUAACUUAUAAUUAUCUAUAAAAUGUAUGACCGCGUAAUUUGAUAUUCGAAGUCAUUGAGAGCCUGGAUAUAGUACACGUUUCAUUAAUAUCAGCUGAUUCUACAUAGAGUUAUUGCAUUUAUUCUCACUCUCUAUUUUUCUCCUUCUCAUACUCUUUUUUUUUAAAUUAUCCCCUUCAACGAAAAAGUCAACAUCUGAUGCAUAAUGUUGCAAAGCUGUGACUAAUGUACCGUUCAGUCUUUAAUCAAUUAACUGACAUUCAAACACUAGAUAACAUACACGGGGACUAACGGUUUUUAAAUGGAACGAUGUGACCAUAUUCCCUUUAGGUUUAUUUCCUUAUACUUACAAUUUUUUCUCUCCUAUCAACGACCAGAGUUUCGAGUUAGUACAGAUUAAAGACAUUUUACGACUUCUCCCACCAAUCACUGUUCAUAUGCUUCCGGGAACAUAAUAAAUAAACAAUAUCUAGUGAAUCUAAGUGACAGCUGUUACCUGUAGAUUUUCAAUCCAACUCGAUGCAAUCGAGUUUGUUUAAUUUAUUAAAAAUAGUGAUGGGUGAAAAAUGCUUUACAUCGCUUUGGUAAAAUGGAUUGAAACCGUCACCAGCCGGUUGUGGAGCAGAUUCGAUUCAACUCAACCGCAAUUAUAAUUUCCCCCAGUUCUCUGUUGAGAGCUGUGAACCGGCUCUCAGCACGCAACUUUCACAAAUGGCUUCUGACGACGCGGCCAAUAUUCAGCGGAGGAACGAGUCAAAUACUCUUCCUAGCCAUGAACCUCGCGCUGCAUGGAUUUCUACUACAGGUUAUCUUGUCGAUUAUCGACUUGAAAUAUGGAUUGUGCAGCGCGGGGGAACCUGGUUACUUGGACUUUGACAAUCUCCCGGAAACGAAUUUUUCGUGCCAGGGAAAGGUCAUUGGUGGAUACUACGCUGAUGUCGAGGCCGGCUGUCAGAUGUUCCACGUGUGUACCAUCGGUCAGAAAGAUGUCAUUCCAGAUGAGAUAAUGGACAUUAAAUUUCUAUGUCUCAAUGGCACGGUCUUCGAUCAGGAGACGAGGGUUUGUGAACGAGUGGACGAAGUCGAUUGCAGCAAAAGUGAACGAUUUUAUAAUCUCAAUCUCGAAUUAUAUGGCAACAAUGCUGUGACACUAAGUUUGCACGAAGAAGCUUUGAAUAAUGACGAGUCUCCAUCUCUCAUUGAUAGCCUUCAUCAGACAACAUCAGUAAGAACAAUUACAACAACAGUGAGCAGUACAACAACUACUCCAAUACCGGGAAUAUCCUCGACUACCUCUUCAAAUGAUUAUCCUCAACAUUUUCCACAUCAACCACCCUUCUCAUCCGUCCAAACUAGUCAAUCCAAGUCACGCUAUGAUGACAAAAAUGGUGGUUAUCAUCGUCAAUAUAUUUAUCACAAUGGUGAUAAUCAAGAAAAUGAUAACAAUGCUAACAACAAUAAUGAAAAUCAAGCAACUUCCUACCAAUUAUUCAGUAAUCAGGGUGCAAGUUCAACAACAGGAACACCCCAGAUUCAUCAAAUAUCAUCGUCAGUUUCACCACUAUUUCGUGCUACUUCGGCAACACUCCAAACUCUACUCACUGGCAAUGCCAAUAACAAUCCUCCUUUGAUAAAUCCUAUAUUUCAUAAUCAUGGAAUUAUAAGUACAACUGAACAAUUUACACUGCACAAUAAUAAUGCCCGGCAAGCUGCUGUUAAUUAUCAAAGAACCAGUGAUAAUGUCGAUGACGAGGGGCCUGAGAAUUCAAAGAGUCGCAGCGACGAGCGAACAUUACUCGAGCCAAUACAAUCAACCAAUCAAGGAAAAAUUUCAAAAUUAACUAUAUCACCUGUUCCUCGAGAGGACUCGGCGGAUAAAAUUAAGCAUGAUAUUAAGGAACAAAGUCAGAGCCAGAGUACUUCACAUCAGCACCGAAUAUCUGGAGGAUUUUUAACUAUUGCUCCAUCUGAUACUGGCCCACCAACAGUUAGAUCCUUUUAUCCAACACCUAAAACUUCAAAAUCACAAAGCUCCACCACCAGAGUCACACAGCAUAUACAUCUACCCCCGCCACCACCGAUUCCUCAAUUGAAACCUCAUCAAGUAACAAUUCAUUUGUCUCCUCCGGAAAUACAAAGACUAGUACAAAAUCCCUCGCCUCUUCUUCCCUCCCAGUCCAGGGUAAUAGUCACAGCAAAAGCAAGCGUCAGUGACGAAUCUGGAAGGCCUCUCAACACAACACAAUUAGUUACACUUCCACUACCGACAAUUCCUGCAAGUUAUGAUGAUUACAAAGAAGGUGAUGAGUCAUUUGAUCCAUUCUACAGAGAUGUUCCCAAAAUAAGAAACAGCCGAAAUUCUGAUGACAGUACAUUUAGAACAAAUAUGUUACUAUUGGGACAGCCGAGAAAGAAAAGACAAGCUGAUGUGGAGAUAAAAGAAACGACUGAAGAAUUGACAACGAUUGCCUCAAUCAAUACGAUAGAAGAGUCCCCUAACAUAACCAGUACCGAGGGACUGGCCCAUGAUGAUUAUCAGCAAGAGGAAUAUGAUGAGGAUGUUCAAUAUCUCAAUGACUCUGAGACCACAACAGCAUUGUACGAUGAUGAAAAUACAAACAGUACAGAGGAUAUAUCUCACGAUAAUUACGACUACGAUGAAUAUGAUGAUGAUAAAAAUGUCACGUCUGUGGAGUACUCCAACGAUUCAGAUUAUCUACAAGUAUUUACUACAGAAGAGCCAAAUAUGACAACCGAACAAAUUGAGCAACACGAAACAACAGUCAAAGACAAUGAAAAUCAUGGAAAUGAUACAGUGUUAAAAUUCACAGAAGAAAUUACCCCACCGUCUGAUGAACCUCAGCCGGAAACAGACAAAGUCAACGAUCCUAAACUACUUUCUACAGAUAUUCCACCUCCUGAUGACGUUUUAUCUCAAGAUUACGUUGACGAUAAUUACGAACCGGAGAGUUACCGGGAGCCCGAAAAACCUGUUGUUGUAACUGAAAAUGUUACCGAGAUAAAGAUUGAUCAAAUUUUUGAAACCACUUCAAUUCCGGCUAUCGUGACAACAUCAUCAACAACACUGUCAACUCCGAUAGAUAAUGUGGAUAUAAUUACUACAACUACACCAACAACAAUGGUAACACGCAAGCGUUAUACCACUGUUUCGACAACAUCCUAUCGCCCAACACCUCCAAAAUUAAAAACUUUCUCAACAAGAAGAACAUAUAUUUAUAGCCCACCAACGACUACCGCAGUACCAGUGAUGAUAAAGACUAGACUUCCUCUUUUAAAUCCUAAACCAGCAAAACCCCCUAAGUCUUAUAAUGAAUUAGCACCCAAACCGGUCAUAAGAAAACGUCCACUUUUGGCAAGAAGAGUAACAUCAAGCGCUUCAAACGUCGGUCAACAGUCUGAUGAGCCCGAGGAAGUGACCACCGCCAUUAUUAACAAUAACAAAACGCCCCUAGAAGGGACAACUGAAAAAACACCUCAAGUCCUAUCUGAUAAACUAUUGGAGAAAAUUUCAGAAACAAUUGGAGAAAAAAUCAUCGAACAAAUUAAUAAUCUGACAAUUACAACUUAUAAUUCUAAUGAUUUUAUCAAUACUACAACCGUCACGAGUGUAACCCAUGCAACACCUUUGCCUACACCAAUAACUCCUCUAAUCAACUCAUCAUCCCCCGGGGAAUAUCAAGAAGACACGAAUAUGACAACCCAAAGCACAACGCUUGAAUCUUUUACUAGUAAUACAACGCCAGUUAUUGACUUGACUACAGGUGAAAAAGAUUUGUCAACGGUAACAUCUUCGCAAAUUGCCUCAGUAUUACCCAUUCAUUGGAAGCCAAUGGUAACAUACAAACGCGUAAAUAGUUUCAAUUGUCUAGAGAAGGAGAUGUAUAGAUUUUACGCGGAUGAACGAGACUGCCGCUUAUUUCACUAUUGCUCACCAGGAUUUACUGACAAACAGGUUCUUGAUUUUCGAUUUGUUUGCGAACAAGGCACUAUAUUCGAUGAAGAUACUCAAAAUUGCCUCCAUCAGGUCAAAAAUUCAAAAUGUCGGGAGAAAACCCGGCAAACCGGUAAUCACUAGGUUUUUCCUAUUACUAUUAAUUUGAUUACAUACAAAUGUUAUUAUUUGAUUUUUCAUUUAUUUCCCAUUCACCAAAUGAACGAUAUUAUUUAGAAUCAAAAUAUUUUUUUUUCUCCUUAAUCCUGUUCUUCGAAAGUGCUUCCUUGGUUUUGGUAAUUCGUGAAUCCGUAGAGAAAAUUUAAAAAUUAUUUUAGUUUUGCCAUAACAAUUUGUAUGUCAGUGUGUGUAUAUGAUAAUGAGUGAUUUAAAUGUCUUCAGCACGGCGAAUUGGAUUCACACUUAUUAAAAUUAAUGCAUUUCGGAGAACAAAUUUUAUUUAUAAGAAAUUUAAUUUGUCCCGUUGUACAAUUAUUUGAAAUUUCUUUAGAUUAAAUGGUGAUCAAAUGGUUAUUGCUCAAAAUUGGAUUGAGAAGUUAUUAGUAAUAAGAGAGUGAUGACGCAACAUUGACAAAAUAUUUUGUCCAAAUUGUUCAGCAUGUACUUUCUUUUUCGGAAAUUUAAAACUCUAUAGCGUGUAAAUCCACUGUUUUUUUAUUCAAGUUUGUACGCUCGAAUUUAAUCAAUUAAUGUUGCAACAGCUGAGAGAAAAUAUACGAACGGUCCGGUUUCAUUGAUUUUGCACAAAAAAUGUAAAUUAUCAUUAAAAUUAUUUGAUAUA